AUGGGAUUCGCACAGGACUUGAAGCGCAAGAUAGAAUCAAUCAUAACCGGAGGAGGAAGCGCAUUCAAGUCAGGACCCAACACCCCCACAGGAGGCAUGGUCACCGCCAGCGGACCCCUCGACGACUAUGGUUACACCAAAGGUCACCACCAACACAAGGAGGACCCCUACUACAACACCGACAACAACAAGUCCCCCGUCCCCUCAAUGAUGUCGACCAAAUCUGCAAAGGCUGCCAGUUACCAGGAGCACAAGAAGAACAAGUUCUCUAGAAGCAGCGGCCUAGGAGGAGGAGGUCCAGGAAGAGACAGAGAUAGAGGGCAUCUUUCUCCGAUAGCGACACGGUCGACGUUCAACGGGAUUGGAGGCGGGGGCUCGUUCACGAACCUGAUCCAUGAUGAUUACCGACCCUUGAUGGAUGAGUUGAAGGAUACAUAUAGGAGAAAGAUCCGGCCUUUGGAGACGACAUAUAAUUUUGAGGGGUUCCAUUCUGCGCCGUUGUCGGAUAGUGAUAUCGAGGCCAAGCCUAUGGUUCUCCUCCUGGGACAAUACAGCACCGGCAAGACGACGUUUAUCAAACACCUCACGGAGUGUGACUACCCAGGAUCUCACAUUGGCGUCGAGCCCACAACGGACAGGUUCGUGGCAGUGAUGAAUGGAGUAGAAUCUCGCGUGAUUCCUGGAAACGCGGCGGCAGUAACAGCCGACAUGCCCUUCCGGGGUCUCAACAAAUUCGGCCAAGCCUUCCUCACCCGGUUCCAAGUCUCCCAAUGUCCCUCCCCACUCCUCGAAAACAUGACACUCAUCGACACUCCCGGGAUCCUGGCCGGAGACAAACAACGGGUCGAACGUGGAUACGAUUUCACAAAGACGAUUGAAUGGUUCGCAGAACGGGCGGAUCUGAUCCUGUUGUUUUUCGAUUCGCACAAGUUGGAUAUCUCGGAUGAGUUCAAGAGCUCGAUUUAUGCGCUCAAGGGUCAUGAGGAGAAAGUGCGAGUAAUUCUGAACAAAUCGGAUAUGGUGAACCAGCAGCAGUUGAUGAGGGUUUAUGGGGCGUUGAUGUGGUCGCUGGGGAAGGUUAUUCAGACGCCGGAGGUGAUGAGGGUCUAUUUGGGGUCAUUUUGGGUUAAUAGGCCGCCGAAUGCGUUUGAAGACUGUCGGUCGUUGUUGGAAGCCGAGCAGGCAGAUCUGAUCAAGGACCUGAGGGAUCUCCCUCGCAAUGCUGCAAUUCGGAAAGUCAACGAGAUUGUCAAGCGUGCCCGGUUGGCCAAGGUGCACGCGUACAUUAUCGGACACCUCAAGAAGGAAAUGCCAGCGGUCUUUGGAAAGGCUUCUCGACAACAGGAACUGAUCCGGGAUCUGGACAAGGAGUUUACGAAGGUUCAGCAGAUCCAUGGAGUCCCCGAGGGCGACUUCCCAAACGUCGAAAAGUUCCGCCAGUCGUUGAGGGCCUACAAGUUCGAGUCGUUCUCCAAGGUCAAAGAACCCAUCAUGUCCGUCGUCGAAGAGGCCUUAUCCAUCGACCUGCCCAAACUAAUGCGCCGAUUCCCGCAAGGGAACCCCCUACUGGAACAAGCCCAAAAGAACCCCUUUCUCAUCCCAGAGUCCUCAUUGCAGCUAAGUCCAGGCGGAGAGAUCCCACCAAGCUACUGGCACUUUUCGUCAGUCGACAAGGCGAGUUCGAUGCCAGUAUUCAUGUCGUUACACCCGGUCGAGGGGCGGAUCAAUGGGUCCACUGCAAAGCCGUAUCUGAUGAGCACGGGGCUGUCGAUGGAGGUGUUGGCGAAGGUGUGGACGCUUGCGGAUUGGGAUUCGAAUGGGUAUCUGGACGAGAAUGAGUUUGCGGUCGCAAUGCAUUUGAUCCGGGCGAUUGAAAAUGGAGGUGGCGAGGGCGUCUUGCCCGAGACCUUGCCGCGUUCUAUGAUACCUUAUGCCCAUUAG